UCUCUCCUUCGAUGGCGAUUGAAUCUAUCUGGGUUUUUUCUUCGCCAUCUCUUCCGGUUCUUGGAGUUUCUUGCGAUUUCGUUCCUCAUCUCUUGAUUUCUGGUUCUCCGUACCGAUUUCUACGUUUACCCACCCAGUGAACCCAAAGCCAGAAACCCUAGUUUCUCUUCAUUUGCAUGCUUGGUGCUGAUUCCAUGCGUGAAGGUCUGGUUUUGUAGAAAAGAUUGCAUCUUUCGUGAUGCCGUCUCGAAGGUUGCGUUUGAGUCCGUCGGUAGGCUGUUCCAGGAGUUUGAUUCGAAGCGGAUGAGCCGUUUGGCUGGAGACAAGCUCGUGGACAGCGAGAAUUUCCUAGCCAUCAGGUCGAAGUGGGAAUCAUCCAUGGUUGACUUUGUGUGGAAAAAGAGAAGCGCUUUGUUGGCUAGGUCUCUGGUUCUUCCGGUUGAAAGGUUUCGAGCCACCGUAUUCCCUCUGGUGUUUGCCGUGAAGGCUGUAGCUUCCGGUAGCGUGGAAGUGAUAAGGCAGCUUUCGAAGGCUUCCUCAGGUGCUGCAACUAAUGGUACGGAUGUGGACUCCAAUGCUGAGAAGUUGGUCGGGGUUUCAGAUUUGGUGACACAUUUGGCUUCGUCUCUGGAACCAGCUUUGAUCUUUGAGGUGGGAAUUAACAUGCUUUACCUGGCGGAUGUUCCCGGAGGGAAACCGGAGUGGGCUUCACUGUCCAUCAUCGCAAUCUUAAUCCUUUGGGACAGGCAAGAGUUUUCUUCCGCUAGAGAGAUUAUAGUCAGGGCAGUUGUCACGAUUUGGAGGUCUCAUUGUUUAGAAGAUUGCUGCUUAUGGUGAGGAACUUGAGAGCAGAAUCAGACAGGAUGCAUGCCUUGGCCUGUAUCUGCCGGACAGCUCUAUGUGUUCAUCUCUUUGCUAAGGAAAGUGUCCGAAGAGGUCAGAAGCCUCUACCUGGGACAGAUAUUAUUUCUCUCUUUGAGGAUGCAAGGAUAAAGGAUGAUCUUAAUAGCGUGACCAAUAAAAGCUUGUUUCGGGAAGAGUUGGUGGCAAUGCUCGUGGAAAGUUGCUUUCAGUUAUCUCUACCUUUGCCUGAACAGAAGAACUCAGGUAUGGAGAGCAGAGUGAUCAGUGCGCUAGCAUAUGGAA